AUGCUCCUUCUGCUCCACACAAUUCCAAUCAGCCUAUUUGGAGGGGAUAAUGGAUUCCUAUGGCGUGAAACAUCGAUGACGGUGGAUAGUCUAUUGACUGACGGUCGCGGCGGCCGGGUAAAACUAAUAAUCCGACGUCAUCUGGACGGAAACACGUUUAUUGGACAUGGAGACCUACCCGAAGAUGAAUGGGUUGGUUACCUUCUCUCCUUACAUGUUUGUCGAUGUUACUUUCAUCCGGUUUUCGAGUCAUAA